AUGUUGAUUCAGGUAGAAGGGGAUUUUCAAGCAAAUUCGGUCUACUUCAUCAAUUUAGAACUAUUGGCUGCUAAAAAUCUCGUUGGAGUUAACUUUAAUGGAACAUCUGAUCCGUAUGCAAUCAUCACAUGUGGCAAUGAAGGGCAAUUCAGUUCCAUGGUCUCUGGUUCAAGAAAUCCUAUAUGGGGCGAGGAGUUCAAUUUUUAUGCUCGUGAACUUCCUGUUCAGAUGAAUGUCACAAUAUAUGAUUGGGAGAAAAUUAGAAAAAGUGUUGUUCUUGGUUCAGUGACUGUUCCCGUUGAAAGUGAAGGUCAAACUGGUGCAUUGUGGUACCUUUUGGAUGGCCCAUCAGGGCAGGUUUGUCUUCAUAUAGAAACAAGAAAACUAUCUGCAAAUUCUUUCAGAGCCAAUACACAGAGAAGGAUGAUGCCUUUGGAAAAACCAGGCCCCAUUGUUGUUGAUCAGAAGCCAGGGCCUCUUCAAAUAAUAUUUGAUCUUCUUCCAAAUGAGGUUAUUGAUCAUAGUUAUUCUUGUGCACUUGUGGGAUCAUUAUUGUAUCAUGGUCGUAUGUAUGUUUCUGCAUGGCACAUUUGCUUCCAUUCCAAAGUGUUAAAGGAAUUAAAGGUGGUUAUUCCAUUUGAAGAUAUUGACGAGAUUCAAAGGAUUCAACAUGCAUUUAUAAAUCCUGGUGUAGAAAUUAUUCUCCGCAAGGGUUCCGGUGGACAUGGUGCUCCUCCCUUGCGAAGUCUAGAUGGUAGACUGAAGUAUAAGUUUACAUUAUUUUGGAACAGGAAUGAUGCAUUUUUUGAACUUAUUCACAAAAAACAAGCAAAAAUAAAUAUUACAAAAGAUACUAAGAAUAUAGAAUCUGAGCUGCAAGCACAUAGCAGUUCUGUUGCAGCACAUAAGAUACUGGAUAAAGCUACUGAAGAAAGCAUGCCAGAAACAAGAAAACUUAAACCUUUUAUCAAAGAAGAGGUUUUAGUUGGUAUAUACAAUGAUGUUUUUCCCUCCACAGCUGAGCAUUUUUUAAAUUUAUUACUAAAUGAUGGUUCACAAUUUACUAGCAAUUACCAUGAAGUACGAAAGGAUAAUAAUCUUGAGAUAGGACAAUGGCAUUACGGAGAUGAAUUUGAUGGUCAACUUCGAGAAAUUACCUUUAGGUCCCUCUGUAACAACCCUAUGUGCCCUCCGGACACGGCCGUGACAGAGUGGCAACAUGUUGUUCUAUCACCAGACAAGAAAAAAUUGGUGUUUGGGAUUGUACAUCAGGCUCAUGAUGUUCCAUUUGGGUCUUUCUUUGAGGUACACUGUAAAUAUAGUUUGGUGACAACGGAUAAAAGUUCAUGUACCCUCCACAUAGAAGCGGGUGCGUAUUUUAAGAAAUGGUGUGUGAUGCAAUCAAAAAUAAAAUCGAUGGCACACAACGAGUACAAGCAAGCAGUUGCGGUGAUGUUGGACGUUGCUCGUUCUUACAUAGAUCUGCAUAAUACUAGAGAUUAUGAGAUUGACAAGGCCUUUUCGUCUAAAGUGGUUGCUCGUUCUUGCAUAAAGCUGCAUACUACUAGAGAUUAUGAUAAUGACAAGGCUGCUUCGACUAAAGUGAUGGAAGAGGAAUGCUUUGUUCCUCAAGAAGGAAGAAGAUCUGUACUUAGUAUGGUGGUCUCUGCCCUUUACUUUAUCUUUAAUCCCUUUCUCUCUUAUAUUUUCAAAAUCAAAGGUGACAAGGUGCGAGAGAGGGAGUAAGAAAAUGCUUCCUUCACCUAAAAUCUAAGAUUUAUGACAACAUCAACUAGGAUUUGAUUCAUUUGUGUAUAAUAUUGUAAGUUUGUUACUUCUCUUGUGUUCAUCAUUCUUAUAAUAUGCAGAUGAUAUGUGGGUAGUAUAGGUUAGUGUAGUAGUGCUUCUUUCUUUUUUUCGUUCAGAAACUCUUGCGGGCCGGUAUUUUUUUUCAUCAAUUUCGAUUAGUA